AAAAGUCAUGGCCCGCUGGCUGUGAGUUUGGAUUUACUUUCCCAGCAUUACAAUGCCCAAAUAAACGCCACCUUUGAGGCAAUGUGGCUAUUUGUGGUUUCGGUGGGUCUUUGGGAGUUUGUCUUGAUGUUGUAGAGAGAGUUCUCUUCCUGUUGGUUAGAAGCCCUCUUAUUUGGUGCCUCAGGGGGGCGGGGUGGGGAAGAGUACGAGGGGCCGGCGGCCCCCCACCAGCUCUGUCGCUCCUACCCCCCGCGCGCUCGCACAGGGCCCGUGGAUUGUGCGCGCGUCGAACUGUCUGCCUGAUCCCUCAGUCAAGCCAACAGAUGCUUUGUAAGGGCUCCAUAGUGCAUUUGAGUAGAGCCUGUACCAUUUUGGCCUUCGUUUUUCCCCCCCAGUUCAACUUCACAUCCCCCUAUAUUUACGGCUUACAAGGGUUCGGGAGGGUUUGUUUUUCCAACACUGUGUCAGCCCUGGGCUGUGCCAAGCAGACAGAUCGCUUUUUGCACUCCACUGCACGCGUCAGACACCAUGAUAGAGCGAGAGUAUUAAACACGCGCGACACAAGCGAUGACCUCUUUAUUUCAGAGCUGUGGAGGCUUCUAGAUGAUUAUGAAGUCCUUAAACCCCAGGCUUUUUUCCUUAUCCAUUGGCCAGGAGUCAAGAUGGCAGGACAGGAUAAAGCAAACAAGGUAUUAAACCAUGUAAACAAAGACCAAAAGAAUCAUCGAUUACAUUUCUUCCCCCUUGUAUGUUAUGAUCAUUAAUAAUAUUCCCAGAGCAAAUGUGAUCAGUUCAUUUAGGUAAGAUCAAGCCAGUUGGCCUCCCUCCUUUAUCUAUAUUUGAAAAUGUGACACAGUAAUGAAAAGUUUGAACUUAUGUGUUAAUCUCAUCUCAAAGCCUUUCUUCACUCUCGACCCCUCGCGAACAUACUCCUGAUUCUGAAAAUGUACAGUCCUUUCAUCGCAUGGGUUUAAACUGAUGUUAGGUCAUUUUGAAUUUUUUUUUUUUUUUUUGGUUUUGUUUUACUUGUUUUGCUUUGUCAAUACAAGUUUUGAUAUCCAUAUGAAAUGUCUUGAUUGCAAACUUUUACUAACGCUCUUGUUUUCUUAUUUUGUCUCUUUUGGUUUUUCCACAACUGAUAUUGUUAUUUAGAAGGUUUCAGGUGGGUGACACUAUUCCUGCGUAGGUGCGGUCCGGUGGACAGGAACACUAGGGCAGCAUCAGUCCUCUCCUCUUCCAGCUGUGGCCGCCCCCCCAGACAAAGUCCAAAAAUAUGGCUUGUUACCUGAAGGCAAUUGAAACCCAGCCAAACUUUGCCGUGGCCUGGAGUAACCUGGGCUGCGUGUUCAAUGCUCAGGGGGAGAUCUGGCUGGCCAUACAUCAUUUUGAGAAGGCAGUGACACUGGACCCAAACUUUUUGGACGCUUAUAUCAACUUGGGCAAUGUUCUGAAAGAGGCUCGUAUCUUUGACAGAGCUGUUGCUGGUUAUCUGCGUGCCCUCAGCCUGAGCCCUAACCAUGCUGUUGUCCAUGGAAACCUGGCGUGCGUGUACUACGAGCAGGGUUUGAUUGACCUGGCCGUUGACACCUACCGUCGUGCCAUUGAGCUGCAGCCACACUUUCCUGAUGCAUACUGCAAUCUCGCUAAUGCUCUGAAGGAGAAGGGCAAUGUUUCUGAAGCUGAGGAGUGUUACAACACUGCGCUGCGUCUGUGCCCGACUCACGCUGACUCCCUUAACAAUCUGGCCAACAUCAAGCGUGAGCAGGGCAACAUUGAGGAUGCUGUGCAGCUCUACAGAAAAGCACUGGAGGUGUUCCCUGAAUUUGCUGCUGCCCAUUCAAACCUUGCCAGUGUCCUGCAACAGCAGGGGAAACUUCAGGAAGCUCUCAUGCACUAUAAGGAGGCAAUCAGAAUCAGCCCCACAUUUGCUGAUGCUUACUCUAACAUGGGCAACACUUUGAAAGAGAUGCAGGAUAUUCAGGGGGCGCUGCAGUGCUACACUCGAGCCAUUCAGAUCAACCCCGCUUUUGCAGAUGCUCACAGUAACUUGGCUUCCAUACACAAGGAUUCUGGGAACAUUCCUGAAGCGAUUGCAUCUUACCGCACUGCCCUGAAGCUCAAGCCUGAAUUCCCUGAUGCUUACUGUAACCUGGCUCACUGUCUGCAGAUUGUAUGUGACUGGACCGACUACGAUGAGCGCAUGAAGAAGCUGGUGAGCAUUGUGGCUGAUCAACUGGAGAAGAACCGCCUGCCAUCCGUGCAUCCCCAUCACAGCAUGCUGUACCCCCUCUCUCAUGGUUUUCGCAAAGCAAUUGCAGAGAGGCAUGGCAACUUGUGUCUGGACAAGAUCAAUGCUCUUCAUAAACCUGCCUAUGAGCGUCCAAAGGACUUGAAGGCCAGUGGAGGCCGUUUGCGUGUGGCUUACGUAAGCUCUGAUUUUGGCAACCAUCCCACUUCCCACCUGAUGCAGUCCAUCCCUGGCAUGCACAACUCUGAGAAAUUUGAGGUGUUUUGCUAUGCUCUCAGCCCCGAUGACAGCACCAACUUCAGAGUUAAAGUCAUGGCUGAGGCUCAUCACUUCAUUGACCUCUCACAGAUCACCUGCAAUGGAAAAGCAGCAGACAGGAUCCAGCAAGAUGGAGUCCACAUCUUGGUCAACAUGAAUGGCUAUACUAAAGGAGCACGCAAUGAGCUGUUCGCUUUGCGCCCUGCACCCAUUCAGGCCAUGUGGCUUGGAUACCCAGGGACCAGUGGAGGUCCAUUCAUGGACUACAUUAUCACUGAUAAGGAGACAUCUCCUUUUGAGGUUGCAGAGCAGUACUCUGAGAAACUGGCCUACAUGCCGAACACUUUCUUCAUUGGAGAUCAUGCCAAUAUGUUCCCUCACCUCAAGAAAAAAGCGGUGAUAGACUUCAAGUCAAAUGGCCAUAUUUUCGACAAUCGCAUUGUACUGAAUGGCAUCGAUCUGAAAGCCUUCCUGGAAAGCCUGCCAGAUAUCAAAGUUGUGAAGAUGGAAUGUGAUGGUCAAGAGUCAGCUGACAGUAACGGUGCCCUGUCCAUGCCCAUCAUCCCUAUGAACACAGCCGCUGAGGCCAUCAUUAACAUGAUCAACCAGGGCCAGAUCCAGGUCACCAUCAACGGCUUUACCGUCAGCAACGGCCUGGCCACCACUCAGAUUUUUACAGUGGAGGAGGUUAUAGUAUCUGGGACUGUAGCCUUGCAGAUUAACAACAAGGCAGCAACAGGAGAAGAAGUUCCCAGAACAAUCGUGGUGACCACCCGCUCGCAAUAUGGCCUCCCUGAAGACUCUAUUGUCUAUUGCAACUUCAACCAGCUCUAUAAGAUUGACCCUCCCACCCUUCAGAUGUGGGCCAAUAUCCUGAAGCGUGUGCCCAACAGUGUGAUUUGGCUGCUGCGCUUCCCAGCCGUGGGUGAGCCCAAUAUCCAACAGUACGCUCAGAACAUGGGCCUGCCUGCUUCUCGCAUCAUCUUUUCCCCUGUGGCUCCCAAAGAGGAGCAUGUGCGACGUGGACAGCUGGCUGAUGUGUGCCUGGACACGCCGCUCUGUAACGGACACACCACAGGCAUGGAUGUGCUGUGGGCUGGUACCCCCAUGGUUACUAUGCCAGGAGAGACACUGGCUUCACGUGUCGCUGCCUCUCAGCUCACCUGUCUUGGCUGUCCUGAGCUCAUCGCCCAAAGCCGUCAGGAGUAUGAAGAUGUGGCUGUGAAGCUUGGCACUGAUAUGGAAUUCCUGAAGAAGGUCCGCUCCCGCGUGUGGAAGCAGCGCAUCUGCAGCCCGCUCUUCAACACCAAACAGUACACCAUGGACCUGGAGAGACUCUACCUGCAGAUGUGGGAGCGUUACGCCGCUGGAGGCAAACCUGACCACAUGGUCAAAAUGCAGUCUCUGGAGAGCAGCGAGAGCGGAUAAGCUAAGCUUGUCCCUGCAUGUCCCCCCGACCCCUCAUGUCCUCCAGUAUGUGACGGUCACAGAGACUCUAUGGGUGAGCACUGUGACUAUGAUCCCCACCAGCUUUUGUUUCCAUGAGCCAGAAUGUACAGCAGGAUGCACAAAGCUGCUCCACUGAGACUCCUCCCCCUUUUCCAUCGUCUGACUAAAUUGAUGUUGGUUGGCUCCACUUUCAUUGUUUGUUUCUCUGCUUCUUAAGGGACUUUUCUGUAAUUGAAGUGGACUUUAUGAAAAAAGUGAGGUCUAAAAUGAGAAGGGGCAGUCUUAAAAUAAUUCAGAAAAUAUAAAAACGUAAAGUAAUCAUCACAGAUAGGUUUUUUUUUUUAGUUAGGUUAUGUGCUUCUUGACCUAUUUUAGCUUUAUCAUGACUUCAAUCUGGGUGACGGAUACAUACCUCGGAUCACCAAUCUUUUUCCCAAAUGAAUGCCGACAUUUCCGUAUGCUAUCUAUAGAGAAAAUACCCUCUCUUUUUCAAAACAUGCUAUGUGAACAUGCUGAAUAGAGGAGUGUCUUAAGACACAAUGACAGAAGGCUUGCAAAUUGCCUCCUGAAUUUAAAUUUUUUU